AUGGAGAAUCCUAACCUCAACGUCAACAACAACAAACCAAAGAGCUCACAACAGACCCAACAGUCCCAAAGACCCUCAAGUUCAAGAAAUGUUAAUUAUGCCAACAUAACAACAAAAGACAGUUUCCCAAAAAGAGAGCAAGCAAUAAUCGUUGAAUCUCUAGACAAUAAUUUCUCAGAACCGCAUUUGUAUUUAUCUAGAGACCACUCAAUUAGCAGAGGAACUAGUGGAAAAAAAAGCAUACUAACUAUAAACAACCAACAAUUGCCAAUUAGAUCCCUUAUCGUAAAAAACAAGAGAAUCGUACUCUCAAACGUAUGCCCAACUAUUCCUCAUUACAUUAUUGAACAAGAACUUAAGAACAUUGGAAUUGAGCCUCAAUCUACAAUAACCUAUCUACGAACAGGUACUGCCAACCCCAAGUAUACUCACAUCUUAAGCUUUAGAAGACAGGUUUAUGUAUCUCCGACUGAUGAGAAAAAACUCCCCGACAAGCUUCAAAUCAAUUAUGAGGACAUCAACUACUGGAUCUAUCCUACCUGUGACUCGUUCAAAUGCUUUUUGUGCAAAGAAGAUGGACAUUUGGCAAGAAACUGCCCUACAAAUAAUCAAAACAGCCAGCUAAAUCCUGAAAAUGAAGAAACAGCACCAACUGUCACUCCUAACAGCGCAACACUCCAGUUGCAGGCUGAUUCGGAAGUCCAAAUAGCAAGUCAAACCCAGAACAACAUUCAAGUACUAGCCUCUUCCCCAGAUACAAUAAUUCAGCCCACUCAGAUAAUAUCUGAAAACCAAGAACACUUUAACCUUCCUAAGUUAAACGAACCAGAGUUACCAAAAAGACCACAUCCACCAACAUGUUCGACCAUUUCUUCGUUGGAUAUCAAAGAAAAGGACCAAGACAUUGAAACAGAUUCAGAAUUCGACACCGAAUCCACCACCUCAGAAGCGUCAAAUUCCAAUACCAAAUUAAAUUACAAUCAAGAGUCAGCUAAAAAUAUAGUCAAAAAAAGGAAAUUAACAAAGAAAGAAGAUUCUUACGAUGCUGCAUGGAAUAAUGUUAAGGAAAAUGUAAAUAAUCAAGACCCACCAGGUAACUACGUCCUUACUAUCGAUCAGCUGAGACAUCUAAUAGAAAAUACUAAGGGCAAAACAGAUAUAAGAGAUACAGUAAAGCUUUAUUCAGAAGAUGUUGAAAGUAUAAUAAUAGUUGCAAAUAGAGCGAGCGGUGGCGUUGCUAUAUUUGUCAAGUCCCAUUCAAUCCCAGAAGAAGUCCAGCUUAUAACAGAUUUAGAAGCAGUAGCAGUUAGAAUAAAAUAUCCAGCCAAUAUCACUCUCUGUAACAUCUACAUACCAAACAGUAAAGCACUGGAGAUAGAAGAAUUAUCAAGAAUCGCCAAACAGUUACCUAAACCUUUUAUUCUUCUUGGAGAUUUUAACUGUCACCAUGAAUUCUGGGGAUCGGACUUUCAAGAUCCCAGAGGAAUCCAAAUAGCAAACUGGUUAGACAGCAAUGAAAACUUAAUAUUAAGCAACACAGGACAGCCAACUCAUUUCUGUGCACGCAGCGGCCGAACUAGCUGCAUUGACUUAACAAUAGUUGACAAAUCUAUAGCAUCAGAUGUCAGAUGGUUUGUACUCGAACAUACUCACGAUAGCGACCACUUCCCUAUAAUCAUUAAGCUUCUAACUCCAGAUGACUAUACUUCGUCAGAUCACACAGAAAAAUUUCUAUUUGAAAAAGCAGAUUGGGAUCUUUACCAAUCCAAAAUAGACGAACUACUUCAAAGGCUCCCAGAACUUGAUCCUAGAGUCGAAACCCCCGUCGAUGACAUAACAGCAGAAUUCUCAUCUAUUAUCCUUGAAGCAGCAAAGUUAGCGAUUCCAAAAACCAAUAACACAGGUAAAAAGAAACAAGUAUAUUGGUGGAAUGAUGAGUGUAAAAAAGCAAUCCUCGACCAGAAGAAAGCUUUUCGUUUAUACAAAAAAUAUGCUUACACCGACCAGAGCGAUGAAUUAAAAAUAGAGUUCAAGAAAAAGAGAGCUAUAGUCAGAAGAACUUUAAAAAACAGUCGGCGGAACUCUUGGAGGGAAUUUGUUUCAUCUAUCAACAACCAAACUCCAGCUACAGAGGUCUGGAACAAAAUACAUUGUCUGAACACUGGCAAGAAAAAAGCUUUUAGCACUAUUGUUUUGGAGAAAGAUAAUGGCAAAUUUACCGCUCAUCCAAAGGAAACUGCAAAUAUGUUAGCAGACUCAUUUGCAUUAAAUUCAAGCUCCUCAAAUUAUGAAGAUAAGUUUUUAGACUUUAAAAAAAGAGAAGAAACCAACUCACUCUUCGAUACCCAGGAUAACAGUCUCCUUUUUAACAAAGAACUGUCGAUGCAUGAACUCACGAGAGAACUAGCAAAGCUGCGUAACUCCAGUCCAGGUCCUGACGGGAUUCCGAACAUUCUUAUAAAAAAUCUUUCAACCAGUGGACUUUGCUACUUACUUGACUUGUUCAACUUGAUUUGGCUAAGACAGCUCUUUCCCAAAAAUUGGAAAGAAGCCAUAAUAGUGCCAAUCUUGAAGCCAAACAAGAUUCCAAGUGACUGUAAAAGCUACCGACCCAUCGCUUUAACCUGCAACAUUUGCAAACUUAUGGAAAAAAUAGUCUCCAAAAGAUUAAGGUGGUACUUAGAAGCUAACAACCUCAUAUCUCCGUGGCAAUAUGGGUUCCGACAGUUCCGCUCGACUCAAGACCACUUAACCAAUUUUGUCACCCAAAUAUGUGAUUCAUUCAUAGACAACCAAUCCCUCAUAACUACAUCCUUGGAUAUCGAGAAGGCGUAUGAAAUGGCAUGGGCCUUCAGACUCCUGCGCAUUCUGGAAAAAAAGAAUAUAAGAGGAAAUUUGUUAGCUUUUAUUAAAAACUUCCUAACGAACAGGAGGAUCCAGGUUAGAGUAGACCAUACUCUGUCAGACAGCAAGAUAGUUGAAAAUGGUCUUCCACAAGGAGCUGUUUUAAGUGUUAUCUUAUUCUUAAUAGACAUUAAUGAUGUGCUAGACCUCAUCCCAGCUCCUGUUAAAGGAAACCUCUUUGCAGAUGACCUUAUAGUAUACUGUAGUGGCAAGAAUUUAAGACACACAGGGGAAUUAGUUCAAAAAACUCUGGACUCCCUUCAGGGGUGGUCAGAUGAAUGUGGGUUUAAAUUUUCAAAAACCAAAUCCGAAUUCAUAAUCUUUGGCAGAGGAAGAAAGAAAAGAAGCAUCACACUUCAAUUGGGCGACCACAAAAUAAACCAGGUUGAUCAUAUCAAAUUACUAGGAUUAUAUUUCGACGAAAAGCUGAGUUGGAAGGUACACUUAAAAAAACUUAUAAGUGUAUGUAGGAACAGAAUCAAUCUACUCAAAGUAAUGUCCUCAACAAAGUGGGGGGCCGACAAACACUCAAUGCUUUUAGCAUACCGUGCCAUAAUAAGAUCCAAGAUGGACUAUGGAGCUGGCCUCUAUGACACCGCAGCAGGACACCGAUUGAAGGAACUGGAUAGUAUUCAUAACCUAGCCCUAAGGCUUAGUAUUGGAGCACACAGAACCAGUCCGAUAAAUAGCAUUCUCGCAGAAUCAGAAGAAAUGCCACUGCAUCUAAGGAGGAAAGAAAUUUUAUUAAAGUUUAUGAUAAGAGCCCAAGCCCAAGAAGGAGAUCCAGCAUUUGGGUACACAGAAAAGAAGCCAGUCACCGAUCUUGAAUACAGACUCAAGAACAUUUCACUUAAACCCCCUAGAGUCAGAUUCAAAAUCGAAAUAGAUAAACUUGACACCACUGUUCCCAAAAUGGCCCCCAGAAGACAAUCUGUUUCCCCACCAUGGAAUAUUCCCACCACAUAUACCGAUCUUGAACUAGCAGAGAUGCAAAGGAAUACUACUACUGAGCAAACAUAUCGCAACCUUUUUCAGGCUAUUCUGGAAAAAUAUCAGAACUACACCGCAUUUUAUACAGAUGGCUCUGUUAAAGAAGAGAGAACCAGUUGUGCAGUCGUCUACCUUGAUACAAAGUUGGGUUUUAGGCUACAAAACUUCAAUUCAAUAUUUACUUGUGAAGCCACAGCAAUCUCGAAAGCAUUAUCUAUUGCUAUUGACAACCCUGAAUUGGGCCAUAUUGCGAUAUUCACUGACUCUAUGAGUUGUUUAUCAGCUCUGUCAAAUACAGAGAACACUAAUCCGAUUAUUCUCAAUAUUCAAAAACAAAUAAACGUUCUUACCAUCAACAACAGGAGAGUCAAACUGAUCUGGACACCUGCACAUCAAGGGAUACUAGGGAAUGAAGAGGCUGACCGAGUGGCAAAAGAGGCAAUUAAUAAUGACAUAAUUAGCAAUUCGAUGGCCACCACAGCUAAAGAAACCACCAAACAUUUAAAGAGCUUAAUGAAAUGUCAUUGGAAAAAAAUUUGGGAACAAUGGACAAGAAAUAACUCGCCAAAGUUAGCUGAAGUCAGAAAAGAUCUCCUAGACACUCAACCAGUGGACUCUUUCUGUAGAAGAGACCAGGUUGUUCUGUCAAGAUUACGCAUUGGGCAUACCAAAGUAACACACUCCUACCUAAUUAGUAAAGAACCCAAAAAAGCGUGCGAUUUCUGUAAUAUGGAACUAUCAGUUAAACAUAUAUUGACCGAAUGCCAAGGCCUCGACAUCUUCAGAAACAAGACCCAGCUCCCGAACAACAUCAAGGAUUGCCUCAAUUCGACAAGUGGAUGUUAUCGUACUUUAAUAUUUCUCAAAGAAGCCAAGUUAAUUGAAGAAAUAUAA